AUGGGGUCACUCUCUUCAAAUGCGGAGGCUGUCAAGCAUCGUAUUACUAGCAAAGAGUGUCAAAAGGCAGCAUGGCCACGUCACAAGCCAACAUGCCAAGGCAUCCGUGGCCUUAAAUCUGUGGCCACCUCUUCUAUCAACGAUCGUCACAACAUGCUACGUGCAUACUGCAUGAAGCAACGCCCGCUAAUGAUGUGCUACGGCAUACUGGGUCUCGAUUUGCAUCGAAACAUCGAAAGAUGGGAGAACGAGGUGUUUCACAUUUUAGUCCGUCCAUCGCCUGGAGCAUCGUUGCUGCGCCCAGAAAAGGCAUUCCUUGCGAUUGACGCAAAGCCCCGACGUAUGGACGAGCUCGGAGGAGCACAUGAAUUGGGAUUUUGA